GGGCCUCCACGGCGCAUGCGCAGCCUGUGUUUAGUUUUCUCCAACCUGAGGAGCCGUGCAGCGUCGCUGCGCUAACGCUAGUUGUUGUCAUUCCUCUACGCUAACAACAACGCGGGCUUUUCGCCGCAGGGACGCCGCCUCUGCGAACCACCUACGGCGACGUGUGCGUCUGGAGCGGCUUCGGCGAACGGCGGAAAUGCCAAGCGGGGUCCGGAGCGCUACGAAGCGGCCGAAAUCCGCCGGUCGGUGGGAAUAGCCCCGGUCCCGCAUCACGCCUCAUCCAUGUUGACUGCGGCAGCCGCGGCGCUGGCUCCGGGGCUCCGAGCGACCGCAGCCUCAUUGUUCCCCCGCGGACGGGCUCCGGCCGGACUGAGCGCUUGAUGGACGCGCGUCGCGUGCGCCGCGGCGGGCGGACGGACGUCGCCGCCUUCGCGUGAGGACUUGUUUACGCGUUAAAAUGGCUGCUGGGGGAGAAUGGUCUUGAAUCGGAGCCGUGGCGUCACAUCAGUUAGCAGAGGCCAAAUUGCAAAUAAGCUAAACAAGCUAGCGGGGUGAAUAUUAGCCAUUUAUUCGAUGCUGGGGUUUUCAACUCGAGGGAGGGUGAAGGGAAUUCCACCCACUCCAAAUCUAUGCAUGCGGUUAACCACUAAAACACUUAACCUAAAAUAGCCUUUUCUUCUCUCCUCCAAAGCUUUACAGCAGGCUUAGCUAGCGUUAAGCCUUCGUCCAAGUAUGCAUGACACUAAACGAAUAUGCAGGACUUCUUUGUUAUAACUGAAUCCGCCUGAGCGUCCGAGGCUUUUUCCUCGAAGCGGACCUUCAAGGCCCCGGUGUUUGACUCCGAGCUGGAGGGGAAAAAAAACAUGGAUCCCGGGGGGAGACGCGACGCGGAGCUCGCCGUGUUCCGACCCAGUCCGACGCGAGGCGUCGGCAGAUACCUGGCGGUCUACGUGCUGUUUUACGUGGUGUUCCUCGCGCACGCGUCCCCGGCGAAGCCGUGCGACAAGAACUGUCUGUCCGGGAGAUGCAUCAACGGAUCCUGCGUCUGUGACCGAGGAUGGGUGGGGGAUCAGUGCCAGCACUGCCAAGGGAGGUUCAAGCUGACCGAGCCCUCAGGAUACCUCACUGAUGGUCCAAUCAACUACAAGUACAAAACAAAGUGCACCUGGCUCAUUGAGGGCUACCCCAAUGCAGUUCUUCGGUUAAGAUUUAACCACUUUGCUACAGAAUGUAGUUGGGACCAUAUGUACGUCUAUGACGGGGACUCAAUAUAUGCUCCGCUAGUGGCUGUUUUCAGUGGUCUCAUCGUGCCAGAAAUACGAGGAAAUGAGACGGUUCCCGAGGUCGAGACUUCGUCAGGCUUCGCACUACUACACUUUUUUAGCGACGCUGCCUAUAAUCUGACGGGAUUCGAAAUUUUUUAUUCGGUCAAUUCUUGUCCUAACAACUGCUCUGGCCAUGGGAAAUGCACACCUGGGAACUCCGCUGCUAGCAGAGUGUACUGUGAAUGCGACAAGUACUGGAAAGGGGAGGCCUGUGACAUCCCGUACUGCAGGAACAACUGCGGCAGCCCGGAUCACGGCUACUGCGAUCUCACCGGGGAGAAGCUGUGUGUCUGCAACGACAGCUGGCAAGGUCCCGACUGCUCUCUGACUGUACCGUCAACCGAGUCCUUCUGGGUCCUGCCAAGCAUCAAGCCCUUCGGUACAUCGCUCGCCAGAGCCUCCCACAAGACUGUGGUGCAGGAGAAGGUCAUGUGGGUCGUGGGCGGGUACACUUUCAACUAUACCUCCUUCCAGAUGAUACUCAACUACAACCUGGAGAGCAGCAUCUGGAACACAGUCCCUACAAAUAGCGGCCCUGUGCCAAGAUAUGGCCACUCACUUGCAACCUACCAGGAUAAUAUCUUCAUGUUUGGGGGUAAAAUGGAGGCCGGCUCAGGGAAUGUGACCGAUGAGCUUUGGGUGUUUAACGUACCCGGUAGGUCGUGGCACCAGAAGAACCCCGUGGUUGGGCCACCGGCCCAGGCUCAGAUUUACGCCGUGGAGGGACACUCGUCCCACUGCGUCCAGCUGGAGAACGGCGAGGUCAUCAUGCUGGUCAUCUUCGGCUACUCCCCCAUCUACAGCUACAUCUGCAACAUUCAGGAGUACAACCUUAAAUCCAACACGUGGCUGGUGCCUGAGACCAAAGGUGCAGUUCCCCAGGGAGGUUACGGCCACAGCAGCACGUACGACAGUGCCAGCGGCAGCGUGUACGUUCAUGGAGGCUACAAGGCACUGCCUGCCAACAAAUACGGCCUCGUCGAUGAUCUCUACCGCUACGAAGUUAACAGUCGAACAUGGUUCAUCCUGAGAGAGAGCGGCUUUCCACGGUACUUGCACUCAGCUGUGCUCCUCAGCGGCACUUUGCUCAUCUUUGGUGGAAACACACACAACGACACGUCGCUCAGCAACGGGGCCAAGUGUUUCUCUGCAGACUUCCUAGCCUACGACAUUGCCUGUGAUGAGUGGAGGCUCCUUCCUAAGCCUGACCUUCACAGGGAUGUGAAUCGCUUUGGUCACUCUGCUGUGGUCAGCAAUGGGUCCAUGUAUGUGUUUGGGGGCUUUUCCAGCGUGCUCCUCAACGAUGUGCUUGUUUACCGGCCUCCCAGCUGCCAGGCCUUUUUGGCAGAGGAGGACUGCGUGAAAGCGGGGCCAGGGGUCCGUUGCAUCUGGAGCAGAGGCCGCUGUCUCCCCUGGGAAUCCAGCAUGGCUAAUGGAAGCCUCACUCCUGCCUCAUUCUGCCCUACUAAAGCUGUCACUGUGGAUGAACGGUGCUACCGGUUCUCAGACUGUGCCAGCUGUACAGCCAACACCAACGGGUGCCAGUGGUGCGAUGACAAGAAGUGCAUCUCUGCUUUCAGCAACUGUACUUCUAAUGUGAAGAACUUCACAGAGUGUCCAGUACGGAACGAGCAGGUGUGCAGCAAGCUUGCCAACUGCAAGAGCUGCUCGCUGAAUCUCAACUGUCAGUGGGACCAGAAUCAGUCGGAGUGCCACGCUAUGCCUGCCCAGCAGUGCAGCGAAGGUUGGAGCCAGGUGGGGGACGCCUGCCUGAGGAUCAACUCCAGCCGUGAGAGUUACGACAAUGCCCAGCACUACUGCAAGAAUCUCAAUGGAAACAUCGCCUCGCUCACCACCUCAAAGCAGGUGGACUUUGUGCUCGCAGAGCUCAAGAAGCUCCAGCAGCAAGACAAGCAGCUGUCUCCCUGGGUGGGUCUGAGGAAGAUCAACGUGUCGUACUGGGGUUGGGAGGACAUGUCUCCCUUCACCAACAGCAGCCUGCGCUGGCUGCCCGGUGAGCCCAGUGACUCUGGUUUCUGUGCCUACCUGGAGGAGCCCCAGGUGUCGGGCCUAAGAGCCAACCCAUGCACCUCCACUGCCCAUGGCUUGAUCUGUGAAAAGGCUACAGGAAACCCCAACCAGAGUACGCGUCAGUCCUGUAAGAAGCCAUGCUCAAUGCACACAAACUGUGCCAACUGUACCAGUCAGGCCAUGGAGUGCAUGUGGUGCAGCAGUGCUCAGCGCUGUGUCGACUCCACGGCUUAUGUCAUCUCUUUUCCCUACGGACAGUGCUUGGAGUGGCAAACCGCAGACUGUGUUGCCCAGAACUGUUCGGGCCUACGGACAUGUUCCCAGUGCCUGGAGCAGCCAGAGUGUGGCUGGUGCGGAGACCCCAGCAGCACAGGGAAGGGCCUGUGCAUGGAGGGCUCAUACCGGGGGCCCAUGAAGAGACUGGCGAAGCAAGGUCAGCAAGGACCGUCCCUGGACAUGGGCCUGGAAGUGGGCAGCUGCCCUAAAGACAAAAGCUAUGAAUGGGCGUUCAUCCACUGUCCCGCAUGCCAGUGUAAUGGCCACAGCACAUGUGUGAACGGCAGCGUGUGUGAACAUUGCCGUAACCUCACCACCGGUCCACACUGCCAGACCUGCAUGCCUGGUUACCAUGGAGACCCAACCAACGGUGGCAAGUGCCAGGCCUGCAAGUGUAAUGGUCAUGCAAAUGUCUGCCAGGUGUUAAAUGGCAAGUGCUUCUGCACCACCAAGGGAAUCAAAGGAGACCAGUGUCAGCUAUGUGACUCAGAAAACCGUUACCUUGGCAAUCCACUCAGAGGAACCUGUUACUACAAUCUGCUCAUCGAUUACCAGUUCACAUUCAGCCUCAUCCAGGAAGAUGAUAAUCAUUACACUGCCAUCAACUUUAUGGCCUCACCUGAGCAGGCAAACAAGAACUUGGACAUGUCCAUUAAUGCAUCCAACAACUUCAAUCUUAACAUCACCUGGUCGGUGGGAUCAACAGCUGGAACCAUCUCUGGAGAGGAAGUGCCCAUCGUGUCCAAGACUAACAUCAAGGAGUACAGAGACAGCUUCUCCUGUGAGAAGUUCACCUUCAGAAGCAACCCCAAUAUCACCUUCUAUGUCUACGUCAGCAAUUUCUCAUGGCCCAUCAAGAUCCAGAUUGCCUUCUCCCAACACAACAGUAUCAUGGACUUAGUCCAGUUCUUUGUGACUUUCUUCAGUUGCUUCCUGUCAUUACUACUUGUGGCAGCAGUGGUGUGGAAGAUCAAACAGACAUGCUGGGCCUCGCGACGAAGAGAACAACUGAUGCGAGAGCGUCAGCAGAUGGCCAGUCGUCCGUUCGCCUCGGUUGCUGUCGCGCUCGACGCUAAGGGGGAACAAACGGAGCUGUUGCAGCCAGUGGUGGAUGCUGCACCCAAACCUGUCGCCAUGGAGCCAUGUUCAGGAGGGAAAGCCGCCGUGUUCACUGUCCUCAUGCGAUUGCCCUCCGGACCCUCGGACCUCCCUCCACCCGGACAGUCAGGACUCAUCAUUGCCAGUGCACUCAUAGACAUUUCACAACAGAAACCAACAGAUUUUAAGGACAAGUCCCAGGCUUUAAAGAACCGAAAGGCGCUACCUCCCGCACACCAAGGCACCUGCGUGUGAUGCUCGGACCACUUUUACACCAGCGGACCGGAGGCCCCGUCGCGGGUCCGAGUGGGAACGCUUUCCGCAGACGAUGGUUACGCAUGGUUACGUUCACAGGAUUUGAUUCAGCUGCUACCACUGACCUGUUCGUGUCCCUGGAGCGCAGGCACCUCCUCGGCCCCUUCGCCCUGCUCUGCGCCCCUCUGUCCGUCUGCAACCCCCGCCGCAACGUUUCCCCCGCCUGUCGACCUCGGAUGAAUGGGAGGCUCUGCGCCGCCGGAGGCCUCAGGUCUGAGAGAGGAGAGAGGUUUAGGGAAAGUUGAACCGAUUUGCUUCCACCAUGUUGGAAACCAAAGCAGAGGAUGAAAAUGGCUGCUAACUGAUUUCUGUUGUCGUUUUCUUCGCUUGCCAAGUGCUUCUAUGGUGCUACAGCUUUUGGUUUUUAUGCUCAGCCCGACUCCGCCUGUGCUCUGCGAGCUGGAUCCACUCUGCCUUUUCUACGCGCUAGGCCAGAACCUUCUCAGUCGAUGUCUCGCCGCCGUUCUGUUUUUGCCACGCCGCUUCUCUGACUGACUGUAGCGUCUGCGUCGUCCACCCAGCUCAAGCGAAAGUCUGUAUUUUUGUGGAAUACGCGGACUCGAAGACGUGGGACCACAGUCGCUACCGGUGCCGUGGGAGCGAAGGCUGCAAAUCACCAAUCAUCAAACCUAAAGCAUGGAAAAAAACAAACGUUAGAUGGAUUUAUUAACAAACUGGAAGUUUAUUUGUUACAGACAUUGUCAGUGUGUUGAUGCAGAGAGCGGUUACAGUGGGAAUGUCUCCACGUCUCUGUGUGUCACGUGUGGACAUCUCGACCUUGUCCCGGGACAGAUGUGGUGGCUGGAUACAUCUGGAUAAAAGACUCUAGACCAGGGACGUCCUGCUCCUCCGGCUGUUCACUAGUUUGUUUUGUAAGUUUCUUUUUAAGAGUCCUCUGAAGCCAACUGUUUAUUUCCACCUUGAACGUGUUCUGUUACCUUUUUCUAAUGCCUUUGCUUUCCAUGAACAAGUGAGGGGGCAUGUUGAUCUGCAGACUUUUGAAAGCUGUCAACCACUUCUUACCCCGACUUCACCCUUUGUUGUACAGUGUCUUGUUGAAACAAAUGUGAGUCUCUGUCAGUCUGAAUCUCUUGAGAUUUCAUGUGUUUGUCAGGUUUUUAUGACAGAAUGACAAGAGAUUAUCUUUUAUUUUAGGCCUUUUCACCUCUUAUUAUUAUUGUUUAUUAUUAUUAUUAUUAUUAUUAUUAUUAUUAUUAUUAUUAUUAUUAUUAUUAUUAUUAUUAUUAUUAUUAUUAUUAUUAUUAUAUCUGUGAUCAAUUGUAACUUUUGUUACACUUGUGCAAAGAAUAUUUCUGUUAAUAUGUUGUUUUGGUAUUUAACAGAUUCCUGUGUAAUAGCGCAUUUAACUUGAUUUUACAGUUACUUCAAUUAGUUGUUUGAACGUCAUUUCGCGUUGAAUCCUUAAGGAAUGAAUGGGCAUUGUUUUGUUUUGUUGCCAAAUGGUUAUGUUGCAUUUCAUAUGGAUAGUAUGACAGCUCAAGUGUUUUGAUUUUGUACCUGUAGAGUAAUCCUAUAACAGUGUCAUUACACAGGAAUCAGGGUCUCACUGUACCGUGAAAAAAAUAGAAACUGCAUAUCAGUCAUUUUCAGUGUAUUUUAAAAAUGGACAACAUGCAAGUAAAUUAAAAAACAAAACUGAAACCA